AUGUCACAAACAACAAUAUUCGUAGUAUCUUCUUUGGUUAUUCUUGUUGCUUUGAGUAGCAGUUAUGCUUGGAACUUUGGCAACAUGGACCAAAUUGCACAAUCUUUUAUUCAACAACAUGGAAUGCAAGCAUCAGGUAAUGGUAAUGGUGGUCAAGGAAAAUUUGCCAUAGGAUCUUGUGUCAGUGCUGCAUCUAAUGGUAAUUAUAUGGCAUGUGUCGGUCAGUUGGCUCAUAAAAUUUGGACUUUACAUAAUUGGAGUGAAGAUACACCAAUUACACUUUGUGGUAUGCAAUGUGUUGGCAAUCUUAAAGGACGUAUUUCAAAGUUGAAAUGGAAAUGGGAUGCCAAAUUUCGAUGUAAUGGUAAAGCACCAGGUAUCGAAGGACAUGAUACAAAACAGAGUCGAAAUGGAGCUAUGGAAUGGGCUAUCCAAGAUUUUCUCUCGAAAGCAUUUGCAUCGGGCAGUAUUUCUGUUGAAGAUUUUCAAUGUUAA